AUGGAUGUAACAACUUUUUACGGGAAAGGUAAAAACCAGGUAGUUAUCCUGCCUUCCGAGGAUCCCACUCUAUCCGAUGCUGAUUUUUCUGGCCUCGACGAUGAUAAUGAUCUCAUCACUGCUGCCGCUGAAACCAAUUUGUCAGAAAAUACGGGUAAUGUUGGAAGGAAUCACUUACUCCCUUCUGAAGUUUUAGAAGAGGAUAGUGAUGGAUUUGAUGAUGAAGAUUUGAUUCCAUUAGCCCAACUUCGUUCACAGGUUUUGUCCAGAGCAAACGGGUUUCAGAUGCAUCCAUCGCAUUGGAAAAAACAAGAUAUUGUUGUAACGGACAAUAACAAUGCCGACAAUGUCCUUGAAAGUGAUGAUACUGAAACUGAGACUUCACUUACGUACUUUUAUAUUUUUUUUACGCCAGAAACGAUUACCCUGAUAAGUUCACAAACUAAUCUAUAUUCUGUACAGGUAACUGGCAACUCCAUAAAUACAAAUGAUAAAGAAAUUCAACAAUUUAUAGGAAUACUAGUCUUUAUGGGCGUAAUAGAGUUUCCAUCAUAUACUGAUUACUGGAGUCAACAGUAUAGAUAUGAUAAAAUUGCUCAUGUAAUGAGCCUAAAAAGAUUUCAAAAACUGAGACGAUUUUUAUAUUUUGCAGACAAUCACGAAAAUCAAGAAGCGUCAACUUCUACUGAUAGGCUCUACAAAAUUCGUCCUUUACUGAACAUUGUGCGAUUCCAAUGCAGAAAUCUAGAUCAGGAAUCUCAUCAUUCUAUAGAUGAAAUGAUGAUCCCACAUAAGGGUACAAGAGCCGGAAAUUUACGUCAAUACAUACAAAACAAGCCUCAUAAAUGGGGUUAUAAGUUUUUUAAGCGCUGUGGAGUAUCAGGCAUCAUUUAUGACUUUGUUCGCUACACAUUCAGGAAUUCAGGAAUGAUUAUCGAUAUAAAUGAAGAGGAACAAAAAUUUGGUAUUGGUGGAUAA